AUGGAAUCAUAUUAGCCAGAACUACAAUACCCACAUUGCCACUAAAACUCCCGUCAGGCUUUUCACUUCCUGGUUACCCUGCAACUGUUGUUAACAGUUCAACAUACUUGUAUUUGGAGAAGUAGGAAUGUGAAUUGUAGUCCUAAACUACUGGAGAGAGGACGAUGGAGGACUUCAGACGGACGUUCGUGCGCCUGUGCAAGGAGAGUGGCACGGAGCCCCAGGAGUCUGUGCUGACCCAGCUGCACGAGGCCCGCGGUGUGGCGUCCGGCACGGGCACCUCCACCAGGCUGGACCUGAGUGGGCACAGCCUCUCCGCCGACACCUGUGCCGUCCUGGGCCGGGCGCUGAGCAACGACACGGCCCUCACGGAGGUGGUGCUCAGUGACUGCAUGCUCAGCGAGGAGGGUGCCAAGCUCCUGAUUAGCGGCCUGUGCUGCAACGCCACAAUCAGGCUCCUUGAUCUGAAGGGAAACAACCUGAGAGGCUCUGGGGCCGAGGCACUGGGCAAGCUGCUGGUCCGGAACAAGACGAUCCGCAGGCUGGUCCUGGAGUGGAAUGCCCUGGGCAUGUGGGACGAAGGCUUCUCCAUAUUCUGUGAGGGCUUGGCCACCAACUGCCACCUGACACAGCUGGACCUGCGCAAUAACCAGAUCAACCACCAGGGGGCGGCCGAGCUCGCCAUGGUGCUCAAGAGGAACAGUGUCCUGCAGGAGCUUGACCUGCGGUGGAACAACAUUGGCCUGCUGGGAGGCCGGGCUCUUCUGGAGGGUCUGCAGCAGAACCGAACUCUUUUCCGCCUGGAGAUGGCUGGGAACAAUGUGCCUAGUGACACAAUCAAAGCCUUGGAUCAGGCCAUCAAUCACAACACUGACCGGCUCAACACGCUCAGGGAGAGCCGCAGCAAAACCACAGUGCUCAGCAAGGAGAUCCAGAUCCUGAAGGGGGAAAAGAACCGGCAGUAUAUGAGUCUGAUGGAAACCAUUGACAAGCAGAGGGAUGAGAUGGGCCGAAGCAGCAGGAACACAACGUUGCGUGUCGGGCAGCUACAGGAGGCUCUGAAUGAGAAGAAGUCUGCCGUUAACUCGCUCACAGCAAAGCUGCACAUGUCGGAGGCGGCGCUGGCCCUGUCGGAGCAGAAGGUGCAGAGUCUGGGGGAGCACCUGACGCGGAUGCAGCAGGAGAAGGCUGAGCUCAAGGAGAGGCAGGCCAGGGACAUGCAGAAGGAGGUGGAGGAGAGUACACUCAGGGAGGCAAAGCUUCAUAAAGAAGUGCAGACUGUGACAGAGAGGAACCACCAGCUCCAGAAUAAGGUGGAUGAGUUGGAGCGCAGGUGUAAGCUACAGCAGGAGCAUGUCUUUGAGCUCAAGCAGGAGCUCACCAACAACACUGCAGAGCUGAAACUACGGCUUGCCCAGACAGAGGAGCGUCUGGACAUGGAGAAGAGGCGGUCCAAACAGGCGCUAGUGGACACGGAUGCCUUGCGGCAGAAAGAGGUGGAUCAUGUGACGCGUCACCUGGAGGACACAGAGAGGGCCUUGCAGGAGCGCAUCCUUAAACUGGAGGGGCAGCGCAUCCAACUGGAGGAGGAGCUGAGCCGGGUGAAGGCUGCAGGUGUAACAGAGAGAGCCCACGCUGAGGAGGAGCUGGGGAAGGUUCGGGCCCAAGUGCGUCUGGAGGAGCAACAGAACGUGAGCAGUCUGGAGGAAAAGCUGCGGGUUCUGCGUCAGGCCCGGGACGAGGCGCAGCACCUCUGCACGCAGCAGAAGCAGAACAUCGCCGACCUGCACGCCAGACUUGGCCAGCACAGCGUGGAGAUGGACACUGUGAAGCGACGCAUGGACGAACUGCAGCAGGAGCUGUCCGGUAAGGAGCAGGAGAAGGUGACGGAGGUGUCGCGCGUGCGGGUGGAGCUGCAGGAGCAGAUCGGACACCUGCAGGCCGAGAGGACGGCUCAGGGAGGCCUGAAGGAGAAGAUCGCCGCGCUGGAAAGAGAAAUCAAAGUGCUGAGCAGCAACCACCGGGAAGCCCUGCUGGACAAGGAGAGUGAGAUCUCAUCGCUGCUGGAGCGCCUGCGGAUGCGCGAGGGGGAAAUCCAGCGCAUGCGCGAGGAUGAAGCCCAGAGAGCCAGCGCCCUGCAGAACGCCAUCCUCACCUACGUCCAGGGGUCAUCGCUCGGACACUUCAGCCCAAAAAAGUGACGUGGACACGCACACACACACACACUUGCAUACACAAACACAUCCCUAACUCCCUCAGAGACACACACACACACACAUCCUGCUUACCAUUAUGCAGUGCUCCUCAUUCAGUCUUGAAACAUGCAUAUACAGGUAUACACCCUCACAUAUACAAAGACACACACACACACACACACACAUACACACACGCACACACACACACACACACACACACACACACACACAGACCAUGCUAACCAAUGCAGAGGACUUUUCACUCUGAUACCAGUCUUGACCAAGAAAAUAAGACAUUUGUCUUCCACUUUCAGACACUGAAAUGUUUUACAAAGCACUUCCAAUAAAGUAGCGUUCAUUUUAGAGUACUUAGCAUCUCCAUUUUGUACAACAGAACCAAGUUCUGGUCAGCUAUUGAAUAGCACUUACAAACCAUGAGCAGACUGUAGAUGAUGAUUAUUAUUAUUAUGGACGAUGCUUUUGGCUUGAUAAAUAUAAGUGUCAAACUGUGGGUACCUCACUAACUUGAGACAUUUUAUGGUAUUUUGAGACAUGGACAUCUACUUUGAAGAUUGUUUGAAAAUAAGAUUAUUAAUGACAUUUUGGAACAGUAUCCAUCUGUUUUUUAAAGCAAUACGUGUAUGUAUGCUCUUUGAGAUCAAGGCUGUGAUUUGUACCUUUAAUUGUGUCUGAUCUUGUUGGUUGAUGAAGCUUGAAGUUUGAUAGUUUUUUAACGGAUUUGUAUUGUUUUGCUUUUGUAUAUUUUUGCACAUUUGGGUUUUUAAAACUAA